AUGGCGUCUACCCAAGCAGUCAAAGCAGAGCAGCCUCCUGCCAACGCAAGUAGUCCUGAUGCUCCAUUAUCUACAUCAGAAGAACAAGAUUCGAAUGACACGGCGAGGGAACCAUUUACAAAGGCUGUGGCGCUGCUGUGUGAGUUCCUUAAGCCAUACUUACCAGUGCAGAGGGAAUCAGGCAGAAACGUCUUUGAAGGCGCAGAGUUGGUGGAGCACGAACUGGAGGGAAAACCAUUCAACUACCUUGGCCACAUCGUUAUGGCCACUGAACUUUUGAAGUCAUGGGAGCGGCAUGUCGAAGACGGGCUGAAGCAAAGGAUAGAAUCACUUAAUGGAGUCCGAUCGAAUAGCCAGGUAAUCGCGCGGACUAAAAAGGCAUCAACCACCAAGCAACUUAUCAAGGCAACCCUUCCACGCCAGCCGCCAAGUCAACCACUUGCGCACGCUUUGACGCUUCCGAAGAAGGAUCGAAAGCUUGAGAAGUUCGUCGUCGUUGGUGGCGGCAUGGUCUUCAUUCAUGAGAAGUAUUUACGCCGGAUUGAGCUCGAAAAUCUUUUGUAUCGCAAACAUCUCGAAAAAUUGGAAUUAGAACUCAGCAUCAAAGUGGCGCGUGACAUUGAGAAGGAAUUACUUGUUGGGCAACGUUUCUCGAACGUCAAGUCUGGAAGGAAGCAGCAGAACUUUGUACAAUCCGGGGUCAAGACUUCGUCCCUGCAUGGUAUUCCGCCCAAUGGAAAGCCUCAGAUCAGUCCAAAACGCAAGGUCCAGGCUGGCGUGAGCCCGCAGAAGGGACCCAAACGGCAAAGGGCAAAUGGCGCAGAAGAUUCGUACACACUUUCGAUGGAGAAAUCAGAAACAUCUGGCCCGGGAUCCGUCGGUCCUCUGGUUCAAGGCGGGACAAGCUUCAGCCCCAUGAACUGCUCUACGCAGCAGGGAGAUGUAAUUGCCAAAAGCUCUGUGAUAGUCGAUCUUACUUUGGACGAUGAGACUGGUAACACGUCAGAUAACAGCUGA